CCAGUUAGCUCAGGUUGAUGUGUGCUGAUGGUUUCCUUACAGUUUGUAAAGUAUCUUCUUGGAAGGUUAAACAUAAACCACAGACAAGCUUACUUCUGUUGGAAGAUCGUCCAUGAGAGGGCUUACCUCCUUAUAACGACCACCUUACACGAACUUAACUCUUUCUAGAAUGUCCUUAUUUCAAGGAUAGAAACAUUGCCGGGUAGUCAAAUCAAACUCAGCAUGGGGUGUGAAUUGACCAAAGCUAUAACUUUCAAGAAGAGAGGAAGCAGCUUCCUACAGCAACACAAUGGGCCUGUGUCCGGUGAAACUGCAGGUCCAGUGGAACGUCCUGAACUGACAAGUAACCAGAUAGCCCUUUUGACCAACACGUGGAAACUUCUGGUUGAAAAUAUUUCCCGUGUGGGAGUUAUUGCCUUCAUGAACUUAUUUGAAACUCAUCCCGAUGUCCAAGAAGUUUUUUUGCCCUUCAAGGGGCUGUCUCAAAACGAGCUCCGUUACAAUAAGGAAUUGAGGGCGCAUGCGCUCCGAGUGAUGGGGUUUGUUCAGAAAGUAAUGGCACGCUUAAACGAGGAAGAGAAGAUGGACCAGUUACUGGCAGACCUUGGAAGAAAACACAUCUAUUAUGGAGCAAAACCCGAGUAUAUUGAUUGGAUAGGUCCUCAGUUCGUUAACGCCAUCAGACCGUCGUUAGAAGCUCAUUGGACGGCAGAGAUAGAAGAAGCUUGGUGUCAACUUUUUCGAUACGUGGCGUGGGUAAUGAAAACUGCCAUGAUGGAACAACAUUCUGAAUCUGAUGUGUCGCCUCUCCAAAAUCUUCACUCACAAACACAGUUGUAAAAGGUUCUAAACAUAAAAGUUCACUAACUUUUUAAAAUAAUAGUUGAAAUGACUGAACAGGCUUAUCUCAGCAAGUAAACUACUACUUCGUAAAGCUAUUGAAAUUUCAUUACCAAAUCUAAUUCACCUCACUCUGCAGAAAUGUCUUGCAUUAACAGUAACAUGGACGAUUAUCGUUGCCUUCUUUAAACUUAAGACAACUUGCAGAAGGUGUUGUAUAUCAUUCAUUUUAUGAUGUUUUCAGAAAAGUACUGAUGAUGCAUGGUUAUCAGCUGGUGAACAAUAAAGUUGUCUUUUCAGCCUGAAAUUAGAUUCUAUUCAACCGUUUAGUGUCUACUUGUUAUCGUUACUGAAUUUGUGGUUUCAAGCUACAUUCCAUAAGACUUCGCCCCCCAGUGGCACAGCGGAAUGUCACAGAUAACCCAUUGUGUAGCUUUGUGCUUAAUUCCAAACAAACAAACCAUAGACUUUCACUAUAACUACUUCGGAAUACAUCUAGGAUUGUGCUAAAAUUUACCUGGAGAAUAUAUUGAUAUCAAGGCAUUUAUGAUCGACUUCUCUGAUCACAAGAUAAAAUGAUAUAUAAUGAUAACAUAUCCAACAACG